AUGGGUCCGGACCAUGAGCCACUGAUUGCUGACGACCCAGAGAACCUUGAUAACGAUGCUGACUCUGCCUAUGGGUCCCUCGCAAGUUCAUCGACGUCGCUGGCGUCAAGCAUUUUGAAAUUCCGCCAGGAGAAUGGCCGGUCGUACCAUGCAUAUAAGCCUGAAAGGGGAUACAUCCUGCCCAGUGACGAGCAAGAAAGUGACCGGCUAGACAUGCAGCAUCAUGUCUUUGCCCUGACCUUUGACGGCGCUCUGAACUUCUGCCCAGCCGGAAACGAUGGGAAGCCACUACGGCGCGUCCUGGACGCCGGUACAGGCACAGGCAUCUGGGCCAUUGACUUCGCCGACGCACAUCCCGAGGCACAUGUUAUCGGCCUCGACCUGAGUCCAAUCCAGCCACGUUUCGUUCCGCCAAAUGUGGCCUUCUACGUCGACGAUCUCGAAGAAGACUGGGCCUUCACCGAACCCUUCGACUUCAUCUACGGGCGCAUGCUGGCCGGUGCAAUGACCGACUGGCCAAAGUUCAUGCAGCGUGCUUUCGAGAACCUCUCCCCAGGCGGCUGGCUCGAGCUGCACGACAUCGCCUUCCCCGCGCGCAGCGACGAUGGCACCCUCCCCCCGGACUCUGACCUGGCCAAGUGGAACGACUACGUCAUCGAGGGCGGUCAUAUCGUCAACCACUCAGUCGAGUGCGCGAAGCACUACAAGCAGCAGAUGAUCGAUGCGGGCUUUGUAAAUGUUUACGAGAAGCUGUACAAGUGGCCAAUCAACCCAUGGCCGAAGGACAUGAAAUAUAAGGAGAUCGGUAUGUGGACGGAGGAAAACUUCUGCGGGGGACUGCACGGGCUCAGUAUUGCGCUGUUCACACGCGCCCUGGGAUGGGGUCCGGAAGAGACAGAGGUGUUCUUGGCCGGGGUGAGGAAGGAUUUGAGGAAUCGACAGAUCCAUGCCUACUGGCCGAUCUUAGUCGUAUAUGGUCAGAGGCCGGAGCGAUGA